AUGGUGCAGGUCUAUAAUCAUGUGCCCCUUGGGUUCUUGUCGAGGACAUUGCAGGAUUAUGAGACUGAAACUGGGACCAUCACCAGUGGGACAAUCAUCCUCACCAGUCACCAGUGUGCCAGGGGUUCCACAUCCCUUGAGUCAUUCCAUUUGCAUUUGCAGAGAUUCAUUCCAGGAACAAGUGCUAACAGCUUGAACUUCCAGCUGUACCUCCUGGAAGGUCUCAGCAGAUGGAACCAGGACAGAGCAGCUGCUUCCACCACAAGUCAGCCACCAACACUGCUGACCUAUGGAGGCGAUAUCAUCAACAGCAUCAACACCAACAGUUUGAAGGUUUUUGGACGGAGAUAUGUCGCCUCUUUCCAGCCUCCUGCGAAAUACACUGGAGAGCUGAUUGGUGUGAACUACCUGCUCAGGCAAACAGGACAGCCUUUGCAGGAAGUUAAUCCAGAGUCUGAAGACACUGACAACUUGCUUGAUGAUAUGGCAGAGGAUAAUGGAGAGGAAGAUGAGGGCUUUCAGGAGGAAGAUGUACUAGACCCCAAAAUGUCAAGCCUGGGUUCCACUAUAGUGCAAAAUGACCAGAAAGUAUUUUUGAUUGAGUCUGCAGUUGGGCCUCCUGUGCAGCCAGCCAUCCAGCAAAAUGUGUCUGCCAUACAGACAACUGUUAAGCAGGCAGUGCAGCCUCCUCUGUCCUCCUUCCAGCAGGCAGUGCAGCCUCCUCUGUCCUCCUUCCAGCAGGCAGUGCAGCCUCCUCUGUCCUCCUUUCAAGAGGCAAUGCAGCCUCCUCUGUCCUCCUUUCAAGAGGCAGUGCAGCCUCCUCUGUCCUCAUUCCAGCAGGCAGUGCAGCCUCCUCUGUCCUCCUUCCAGCAGGCAGUGCAGCCUCCUCUGUCCUCCGUCCAGCAGGCAGUGCAGCCUCCUCUGUCCUCCGUCCAGCAGGCAGUGCAGCCUCCUCUGUCCUCCGUCCAGCAGGCAGUGCAGCCUCCUCUGUCCUCCGUUCAGCCUCCUAUGUCCUCUGUCCAGCGAGCAGUGCAGCCUCCUGUCCUCCUAACAGCAAGCGGUGCAGCCUCCUCUGUCCUCCUUCCAGCGAGCAGUGCAGCCUCCUCUGUCCUCCUUCCAGCGAGCAGUGCAGCCUCCUCUGUCCUCUGUCCAACAGGCAGUGCAGCCUCCUCUGUCCUCCGUCCAGCGAGCAGUGCAGCCUCCUCUGUCCUCCUUCCAGCGAGCAGUGCAGCCUCCUCUGUCCUCCGUCUAGCAGGCAGUGCAGCCUCCUCUGUCCUCUGUCCAGCCGACAAUGCAGCCACCUCUGUCCAGCCGAUAGUGCAGCCUCCUCUGCCCUAUGUUCAGCCUCCUCUGUCCUCUGUCCAUCCGACAGUGCAGCCACCUCUGCCCUCUUUCCAGCCUGCUGCUCAACUACCAGUGCAGUGGAUCCAGCCUGCAUUUCAGCCCAUACUUGGUAUCCCUGGCCCUGCAGAUACUGUGCAAGAAAUGCAGCUUGCAGUGGAUGAGCAUGGCAUGCCAGGCAUGGACCGGGUUGACAGCCUGGCAGAGUUCCUGGUUGAACUGGGGACACACAAUGCCAUGACCCUCAGCAACCAAGAGGUGAGCACAAUUGUGGCCUGGUCUUAACAAAUGCAGCAGCAAUGAGCGACACGUCUCUGCAGUUGGUCGAAAUAAAUCAGACCACACUUGUGCAGUGGCAUAACCGCAGGGUCAAGAGGCAGGAUGAAAGGCUCCUACUUCAGGGAAUCAACUUGCCUUGUUGGGUUCCUCUGGCUACAGAAGCUUUUCCAGCAGCUAACAUCGGCCUGCUGUCAUUCCACAGCAGCUUGGCGAGUUACAUUUAUACACACAAAUGACAGGCACUGACUAAGAGGAAAGCCACCAUUGUCCCAUUAAACACACCACCACCUGUUCCACCCAAAAAACAACUCUCUGCCAAAGCCUCCAGCCCCAAGCCCAGUCCAUUAUUUUGUUUUAUCCCCUGUUCCUCCCGCCUGCCCUGGUUUUUCACGAGCUGUCUUUUCUAUUGGUACCCCCACUGCACCCCUUGCCACAAGUCCCAUCGACCUCUCAAUCUGUUUCCACAAGUGAAGCCUCACUUUCAUUGAUGAAGUAUUAAAAAAAAGUGCAGAGUAACACCUGCAGAAAGUGUGGUCACGACAGGACUGCUGAAACAGGACAGCCAGUACAAAGGGACCAUUUACUGCCCUUCAACAGAGACGCUCUGAAAAGAUGACUGGCUUGAGGCUAUAAAAAAGAAGUAGUUCCCCAGCUUAGUUUUGACUCUUGUUUUGUUCCUCCUAGCUAAAAUCACCAAUUUGGGAAUGGAUCAUUGUAAAUAGAACUUAUCACGUUAGUGUUCAAAUAAGAUUUAGUGUUUUUAAAUACUUUGUUCAUGUUUCUGCACUUCUAAUAGUAUUGCUUCGAGUGUGU